UUGUCGAGUAGAUCUGUGAGUGGAGGCACGGGGCAGCUGCCGCCUUCUCAUCAGGCCUCAGGCGCGCUGUAUUGUUGUCUCCCGACCGCGUUUGUGCCGAAAGAUGUGUUGCAAAUGAAAUUGCCUUUUUGAAGAGAAAGAAGAAGCGGAAAAGUCUUCUAAAUGUAAAUUACUGAAAGGUACAUUGUGUUAUUUCAACACAUAUUGAUAUAUUUUUUUACGUCAUUUGAUAUUAAUGGAAUAAAAGCAGGGAGUUAUCGAUUAUAUACUAAAGCGACCACUGUGUUCUGGAGGAAGGAUAGCGAGAACCUAAACCGGGAAGUGAGGGAGCGUGAGCUGCAACCCUUGAAGUUUCUCAUUGUUCCUCGCGAAUUAAACAUCGAGAAUCACCGAAAGUGCGCUUAAGAGGAGCUUAUUAACAUCAAGGCUGAUCGUAUGAACGUUGCACUUGCUGUCAUCGUCUCCGUAAAGCUUCGCAAGGCAAUGUAAAAGAAUCUCAGCUGGCGGAUGCUGCGCUGUCAACGGGGGAGUUUAUCUUAAGGUCAUGAAGGUGUCGCCAGGCGCUGACUGAACACGGGCCCUCCACUAGAGUAAGUUUAUCUAGAAUGGAUAGAUUGCGAAAUAUAAAGAACCGCUUAAGCGUGUCAGUGGACAAGCUUUCGCCGUCACGAAGGUCUAAGUCUCAGCAACGACAGGGUGAGCAUCUCGGGAACGUCCCUGCGUCCACGGGAGAUAUUCCUGGGUCUAUCAAGACUUCAAGGGUCGAGGACAGGCCGAGUAGUGCCUUCGAAGUGACUGCCAGUGCAGGAUCAAGUUCUCGGCCGACCAGCUACUGUGAAGUCGACUUAGACGAGACUCUUUCCGAGGAGUGGCUGCCAGUCGAGGACCUCGCCGGUGCGGUCGCAGGAUCCAAAACUUCUCCAGAGAAUGAAGUGGAGGCUUCCCCAGGCCUCACUGUUGACCCUGUACCACUGAAGCGCUCGACACCAACCAUACAUGGCGAUAGCCUCAUGUCUGAGGUAAUGAAAGAAGUGGAAAAAAUAAGUGAAUUGAGUGAAGGUAUGAAAGUUGAGCCAAAAAACGCAGCUGAAUCAGUAGAUAAGAGCGCCACGUCUGUGGAUGGUACACAGAAGGGGGUGGAAACUAAGGCUGAGGAUGACAGGCCGACACCGUGCAAUCCAGGACGAAGUAAGAGUGAGGAGACACUUGUGGCGGCGGAGGAGGUGAGCCUGAGAGAGGAGGGAGAGAAAACGAGUCCAGGCGACACGUUCGAUUCUCCCGCCGCUUGCAGGACAGAGAGCCUCACCUCGGGAUACUUCUCCGACUCUGACGUCACGCUCUCGGACGGCAAAUGUGACAGUGGACUUUUGAAAUCACCGCUCAGGAUAUCAGAAAAUGCAGAAAAUAACAAAUCUGCCUUUACUUCAGUGAUACCAGAAUCACACACCAAAUCAGCGUUCAGUAGUCUCAAACGCGACACUUCUGAAUACAUUCAUACAUCUACACCUAUCGAAUCUAAAACUGAAACCUCCAUCUGUUCUACUGUCACAAAUGUUGCAUCAGUUUCACGAACCACCACCACAUAUCCAGCGGCAGGCCACGUGGAGCAAGCGGAACCCAGUCAGGUGGCAGCCACCGCGGUGGUUGAGGAGAAGAAGACCAAAAAAGAGAGCCUGUACAGCAGGAUCAUGAGGAAGAAAGAUCCCUCGAAAGAACCAACUUACUCCAAGAAAAGCACAUCUAAAGAACCAAUUUACUCUAAGAAAAGUGCAACGAAAGAGCCGAUAUACGCCAGAAUCAAACCCAAACUUACGGCAGAGACUAGUUUUCAACCAAUUGAACCCAGCACGGGGAAGAACACUUGUCACGACAAGGGCGGCAGCGACGUGGUGAAGCCCGAGCCAGUGUACAGCCCCGCCGGUGUGUCUGUAGCGGGCGUCCCCUCCUAUCCAUCAGGGCCCACUGCCGCCUUUGUCCCGAUAGAGCCAAAGGUGUUAUCCCCAGAUAAAAAGGUGGAUCCUGCAUACAGUCAAGUUAAGCCAAGAGAAUUUCGAAGCAACACAUUGCCGCGAGAGCCAGUCUACAGUACAGUUAAAAAGAAUUCUGGAAGUUUGCCUAAAGAACUUACACCGGGCAAGGUAAAAGAACACAUAUACAACACUCCGCUACCGCUGACGCCGCGGGAGGAGGCUCUGCUGAGGCGGGAAUCCUUCUACAGUCACGCCUCGCCCGAUUAUGGCAAAGUGACCGUUCGGGUUGGGGAAAUUACUCCAAGUGUUCCAGCCAUCAUCACCAUCAGCAACCCGGGCUACGCCGCGCCGGCAGUCGCUGCCGCCACAGCGUCCUCACCACCACUUGCCUCAUGUCCUGAGUCACCCGCCUCGAGCACCACGGCUGCAGUUUCUAGUCCCGAGACCAAUCCAGAUCCAGUACCCUCAACUAGCACGUUACAAAGUGAAACCAAAGAGAAGAGUGAGUGUGUUCCUAAGCCACCAGCAUCCCAGCCCUCUAUCCAGCGAGAAGACUCCUUCAUUGAAAGUAACACCGAGAGUGCCGAUCGCUCUAAACUCUCCCAGCUGGUGGAGGAGUUGGCCCAGGAGCUGGAGGCUGUCAGUCACCACCUCCACCCUGCUGAGGCUGCUGACUACAAAUCAAAGAAAGAGGUCCUGGCAAAACUACUGGCGACGUAUGACGUGCCCAAGAACCUACGGCGGGUGGAGGAAGUGGAUGAAGACGCGGCCCUGGAGGCAGAGCAGGCGCUGGUGCCCAGUGGCGUUAGCAUGGAUGAACUGCGAUACGUGGACGACAACGAAGACAACGCCGAGACAGUGUACGCCGACGUGCCUGAUUACUCACAGGACGAGUUUGUGAUCGCUCUUGACGAUGAGAACGACCCUCGCUACGCCUCCCUGACGCGCGCCCUCAGGCAUCACAAGGCGGGAGGAGAAUCCCCGGGCAAAGUGAGCAAGAGAUCAGCGACGGUGUAUGCCAACGCCCUCAACGUGGUCACGGCCCUCAGGGUGCUCAUUAACUCCAAGUCCACGCGUGCCGCCUCGGUCAUUAACAAGAUGGGCACCCUGGCUCGGCCCUACGCCCACCGCAUGCAGGAAUCCAUCACGGAUACCUCCUGGAUCCAGCGAGUCAUCUUUCACAAGUCGCCACGUCCCAGGAGAGUGUUCAAGGCUGUGCGGCUGCGACGGAGACACAAGGGUCACAAUGGCUUCGACGAGCUGCGACGCUACAUCAAGUCAGGCGGCGAAUUUUGCAAGGAGCUGGCCACCAUCAUGCACGAGAGGGCAGAGCUGGAGGCAUCAUAUGCCAAAGGUCUAUAUAAGCUGUCCAGUAAGCUAAUGAAGGCAUCAAAGGAGACCUCUGGCACCAUUACACAGGCCUGGCAGAUGGUGGGUGUGGAGAUGGAGCAGCAGGGAGAUGUGCACCGAUCAGUUGCAUCAGCAAUUGGAGAUGAUGUGGUGCGACCUCUGCGUCAGUUGAUAGAGACACAACACAAAAUCCGCAAAGGAGUGGAAAGUAUGGUAGAUAAGACCACCAAAAAUCUGCAUGACUGGCGAGCAGCAGAAAGCAAGUCCAAGAAGCAGAGUUAUAACAACUGUCGUGAGAAUGAAAAGAUCCAGGACAUGAUGCUAGAAGCUCGCCUGGGACGGGGAAAGACUCUCACUGACAAAGAAACGAUUAAGAUGGAGAAGCAGCGCCGCAAAGCUGAGGAGGCUGUACAAAAGAGUGACCUGGAGUACUACACUUGUUGCAUCCGUGCAGAGAGGGCCAGGUUGGAAUGGGAAUCUGCAGUAUACAAAGGGAGCAGCUGUUUCCAGACACUGGAGGAGGAGCGUUUGCAGGCACUCAGGGAUCUGGUAGUCAAGUACCACAAAAAUGCUUUAGAAUCUUCACCAAAGGUUGUUGCAACUGCAGAGCGACUUGAGGAACCUGUGAAAGCAUGUGAUGUAGAGAAAGAUAUCCAGGCAGUAAUUGCAGCAAAGGGAACUGGAGAAAACAUACCAGAGCAGAUGCUUCCAGACUUUUAUGGUGAAGACAUGAAUAACAUAAUGAACAGAGAGAGGAGAAGAGAGGCACUGGAGAAAUUCAUCAAGAUGGUGAGAACAGACCUGGAACGGGAGAGGCGAGGGAAGCAAGGCGUGGAGAACCUGGCCAAGGCACUCCAAGAGACUCCAACAUUUGGUGGGGAAGAAUCACAGCAAGAUGUGAACGACAAACUACAACAUGAUGCCCACAACAGACUACAACAUAUGAAGGCCAUGCUUGCCUACUUGGAGGCUGCUCGCUAUAAGAUUCAGUGCUCCAUUGAUGAACUCAGCAACAGACCCAAGACAGUCCAUCCUCUGGCCAAGCACAUUGAGGUUCAUCGAGAUAAGCAAGGAUAUACCUGUUCAGUACUCAAGGUACCACCCUGGGUCAGAGGAAACAGUGUGGACGUAUCGCCUGCAAGCAAUUCGCCUACAGGAUCUCCUAACUGGAAUGAUCGAGGAACUGCUGAUGGCAACUCUGUCCAGCCUGACUCAGAUUUUGACGAGUUCAGCUCUCAAGGCUCAGAUCGAGACUAUCAGGCCACCAUGAAUGAUGAAAAUGCUGAACCCAACAUCAAAGACAUACCAUAUUAUGCUCACCCACUGCCUACUGCUGCAACAGGCAGCAGGUGCAAGGCUCUCUAUGACUAUGAAGCCAACAUGUAUGAUGAGCUCACCAUCAGGACAGGUGAUAUAAUCAACAUUCACGAGAAGCAAGCUGAUGGAUGGUGGGUUGGAGAGCUGGACAGUGUUGUGGGUAUGUUCCCAGCAACAUAUGUUGAAGAGAUUGAUUGAGCUUGAUCUGCUUAUGUUGUGAUCACCGCUUCCAAGACUCAAAGCAGCAUUGGAUGUAGGAGAUUUUCUUCACUUUACUGUACUUGUUAUUACUUUGUAUAUUCUCUGAUAGAACAUUUAAGUGUUUCUUAGUUAUUGUACAUACGACAGGACUUGCAGAAUAGAACUUUUUAAAAACUUCAAAAUAUGUAAUUGACACAGGAUUUAGGAUUUGAUUCUGACACUACACAGCAUAAUUAAUCUUACUGCUCUGAAACUAAGCUAGUCAUUGAUAUGCAUACAAUAUUGAAAUAAAAACUGGAGUUAGAUCUGACAGGUUUUAUAUGAGGUUUUAUAUGUAAAUAUAUUUUUUAGAACAUAUAAUUAACAUCUGCAGAUAAUAGUAUAUAUAUAUAUAUAUAUAUAUAUAUAUAUAUAUAUAUAUAUAUAUAUAUAUAUAUAUAUAUAUAUAUAUAUAUAUAUAUAUAUAUAUAUAUAUAUAUAUAUAUGCCUUAAGAUCUAACAACUGUUUCCUCUCUUCAUAUAUAGCUUUGCUACACUCGUAUACUGUUUCAUGAUGAAAAUAGAUUUUCUUCAAAUAAAAAUCAUUUAUAAUAAUUUACAUACAUUUUUUAACAUAUGUGCACAUGUGAAAUUUUGUCACAACUCAUUAAUCACCAAGCUCAUACAAAACAGUACUGACUGUGACAUUGAGUUAAUAUGUUGUAGCAACUCAUUAUCUCUGGGAAACUGGAGAUUAUUAUUAAUUCAAAGGAAAAUAUAUGAUUGAUUACU